AUGUUCUAAAUGCUGCAUUUCCAGAAAACUCGGUCCCAGAAGCAAAACAAAAAUGGAUAUCUACACCCUCUUGCUCUGCAUCUCCCUUCUCUUCAUCUUCCUUCGCCGCUCCUCGCCCCGCAGCAUCCCUCCGGGCCCAAUCAACCUCCCUAUAAUCGGCUCUCUCCAUCGCCUAGGCUCCCACCCCAACCAAUCCCUCUUUGAGCUAGCCAAAAUCUAUGGCCCUCUCAUGACUCUCCGCCUUGGUUUUGUCACCACUGUCAUCGCCUCCUCGGCUGAAACCGCCAAACAGAUCCUCCAAACGCACGAGCAGACCUUCUCCGACCGCACUGUUCCUGACGUUGUCGCCUCCCAGCCUAACCCUGAGUCGACCCUUGCAUGGGCUCUUGGAGAUAGCAGGUGGCGCAACCGUCGUAGGUUAUGCAACACCCAGUUGUUCACUGUGCAAAGACUCAACUCCCUUCAACACCUUCGCCACCAGAAAGUUGAGCAACUGAUUGAACACAUCAAUAAACAAGGCGUUUCAGUCUCCCAAGUCAACAUCGGGCAAGUUGCUUUCGCUACGGCGCUGAACUUAAUAUCCACCACAAUCUUUUCCAAAGAUAUCGUGGACCCUGACUUCAGUACAGCUCAAGAGUUCAAGGAUCUGGUGUGGAGGAUAAUGGAGGAUUCAGCAAAACCAAACUUGUCAGAUUAUUUUCCAAUGUUGAAAAGGUUCGAUUUGCAGGGAUUAAGGAAGCAUAUCAGGCCGUCUUACAUGAGGUUGCACGAGAUAUUUGAUGAGCUGAUUGAUAAAAGAAUGGAAGCUAGAGCAUCAGGUUCCAGUACCAGGAGUGGUGAUCUGUUGGAUGUGCUUCUUGAUCAAUGUGAAGAGAACGCGUCUUAUUUCAGUCGCCAAAACAUCAAACCUUUGAUUCUGGACUUGUUCAUUGCUGGAAGUGAUACAUCUGCAAUCACAACGGAAUGGGCGAUGGCGGAGCUCCUGAGAAAACCUGAAGCGUUACAAAAAACAAGAAGGGAACUCAUCAAAGUUAUCGGCAGCGAAAGAGCUGUGACAGAAUCAGACGUGGAUCAACUCCCCUACCUUCAAGCUGUCGUAAAAGAAACGAUGCGGCUCCACCCUGCUGCUCCUCUUCUCCUACCUUAUAAAGCCAAAAAUGACGUAAAGAUAUGCGGCUACACCGUCCCCAAGAACGCACAAGUUCUGGUGAAUGCCUGGGCUAUCGGUCGAGACCCAAAAUUCUGGAGCGACCCUUUUUUGUUUUGCCCUGAAAGGUUCCUUGAUUCCGGGUUAGAUUACAGAGGUCGUGAUUUUGAGUAUAUCCCAUUUGGAACUGGUCGAAGGAUUUGCCCUGGCUUGCCCCUUGCAGUUCGCAUGGUGCAUUUGAUGCUAGCCUCUAUGAUCCUUUCCUUUGAUUGGAAACUUCCACAGGGAAUCAAUCCAGAAGAUUUGGACAUGCAAGAGCAGUUUGGCACGACUUUGAAGAAAGCUGUACCUCUUUAUGCUAUUCCCAUCUAGGUAAAAACGAGUUAAAAAAAUGGUGUAAAUUACUAUCGUGUAUGUCGAUGGGAUGCAAAAGUUUUAGUACCCAUUUUCUUUUCUAUGAGUUAUUACUAUAUUAAUGCAAAGAAAGUUUAAUAAAAACUGAUUUAAGUGCUUGAAAUUAUUUAUAUGUA